AUGAGCGCCAACGGGCCUGCCCCAGACCCAGCCCCCACAGCCCCAGAAGCUCCUCCUGCUUCAACCCCUGCCCCUGCCCCGGCUCCGCCCCCUGCCCCAGCUCCUGCAGCACCACCGGCUCCUGCCGCUCCACCUGCCCCAGCAACCACCACCAUCCCGGUUGGUGCGUUGGCUCAGAAGAAGCGGCAGCAGUAUGCAAAAAGCAAGAAACAGGGCAGUAAUGCCAACAGCAGGCCACCAAGGGCUCUGUUCUGCCUCAACCUCAACAACCCCAUACGUAGGGCCUGUAUCAGCCUGGUGGAGUGGAAGCCAUUUGAUAUCUUUAUAUUGAUUGCUAUUUUUGCCAACUGUAUGGCCUUAGCUGUUUAUGUCCCUUUUCCUGAAGAUGACUCCAACUCCACAAACCAUGAUCUGGAAACAGUUGAAUAUGCCUUCCUAAUCAUUUUCACAAUUGAGACCUUUCUGAAGAUUAUCGCUUAUGGUUUGGUGAUGCACCAGAAUGCUUAUGUGAGAAACGGCUGGAACAUGCUGGAUUUCGUGAUUGUGGUAAUAGGACUUUUCAGUGUUGUCUUGGAGCUUUUGACCAAAGAGGAGAAGGUAGAAAGCGAGGGAGAACAACCUCAUCCGUCGAUGCAUGGGCAUGGGGGUAAGCCAGGUGGAUUUGACGUUAAAGCCCUUCGAGCCUUCCGUGUGCUGCGACCCCUGCGGCUGGUCUCAGGAGUACCCAGUUUACAGGUGGUGUUGAACUCCAUCAUUAAAGCCAUGGUCCCUCUCCUGCACAUUGCCCUCCUGGUCUUGUUUGUCAUCAUUAUCUAUGCUAUUAUCGGCCUGGAGCUUUUCAUCGGUAAAAUGCACGCAUCCUGCUUUAUACCUGGUUCAGAAGGGAUAUUAGAAGAGGAACCAGCUCCAUGUGCGAUCUCAGGUCAUGGGCGCCAGUGCCCCAACGGCACAGAGUGCAGGGAAGGCUGGCAAGGUCCCAAUGGCGGCAUCACCAACUUUGACAACUUUCUGUUUGCCAUGCUGACGGUGUUUCAGUGCAUCACCAUGGAGGGCUGGACAGACGUGCUGUACUGGAGAGUUCUCCAAGGAGAGAGAGAAAGCAAAAGCGCGUGGAGACUUCCAAAAGCUGCGUGAGAAGCAGCAGCUGGAGGAGGAUCUGAAGGGUUACCUGGACUGGAUCACUCAGGCUGAAGACAUUGACCCUGACAAUGAGGA